AUUAGGGCAAACAAUAAAGCAAAGCGGUUUGACGGGACAGCGCUGCCACUCGCUUUUGUCCUCCUGUUCGAUCGAUCGACCGGCGGAGGAAGCAGCCAUGAGCACGGAGGCGGUGAACCCUAAGGCGUAUCCCCUGGCUGACGCCCAGUUGACCAUCACCAUCCUCGACCUCAUCCAGCAGGCCGCCAACUACAAGCAGCUCAAGAAAGGCGCGAAUGAAGCUACCAAGACUCUGAACCGAGGAAUAUCGGAGUUCGUGGUGAUGGCGGCAGACACGGAGCCGCUCGAGAUCCUCCUUCAUCUCCCAUUGCUUGCUGAGGACAAGAAUGUGCCAUACGUCUUUGUUCCUUCCAAACAAGCACUUGGUCGGGCUUGUGGAGUUACAAGGCCUGUGAUUGCUUGUUCUGUGACUAGCAACGAAGGUAGCCAGUUGAAAUCCCAAAUACAGCAACUCAAGGAUGCUAUUGAGAAGCUGCUCAUAUAGACGAUCAAUUUUCAGCAUGAUAGGCUUCCUAUGAGAGUUUCAAGGAGGCUUGGACUGAUGUAGGCCUCAUUUUAUUAGAGCGCGGAGUACGAUGUGAUUUAAUAGUGCUAAGGUUAUGAAAACUACCUUUCCCAUUACCAUCCGGUCACUUGUUUUAGUCUUGGAAAUGCUAGUAACUAAAACAAGGCAGAAAAUUACAUGACUACUGUUGGUUUCUUAAUAAUCUUCAGGUGCUGCUAAAUGCUAUUCACUUUAUGGAUAUUCCUUUUCGAGG